AUGGCCCCAAAAGCAAUAGUUAUCGCCCCUGCUCCAAUUGAAACGAAUGAUACAUAUCAGAAGUAUCUAGUCGAAUCAUCAGAACAUCUUCUACUUGUUUCUCGUUUCCGAAAGGGUAUUUCAAGUGAUUUUGAUGGUGUUGACGACGAUGAUGAUGAUGAUGUAGAAGACAAUGAUGUUGGCGACGAGGAAGAGAGUGAUAAUAAUGAGGAGGACGAGGGUGAUGUUGAUGGUAAUGAUAAUGUUGAUGAGGUGGAGGAUGUCAAAGACAGUGGCAUUGAAGAGGAGAAGGAAGUUGGAUACUAUACAACUGUAUUUUUUGUUUGGAGGCUAGAUGAAUGUUAUGAAGAGGGGAGUAAUUAUGCAUAUAGAUUAACUAAAGUGACUAGUUUAGGAGAUCAAGCAUUGUUCUUAGGUAGUAAUGUAUCUACAUCAAUUGCCUCAUCAAAAUGUAUCAAGCCAAAUUGCAUAUACUUUACUGAUGAUAAUGUUGAGCUCUAUUCCCAAGAACCAGGUGGAGGUGGCCAUGACAUGGGAAUAUUUAACAUGGAAGAUGAUCCAGACUUGUUGAUCAAUGUAAGGAAGCAAAUUAUAGAAGUAUGUUCACUCUUCAUAUGGACAAAGGGCCGUAUCUCUAUGCUUUUCGUCACCAAAGUUUAA